CUUUCUCUUCCUCUUCCUUUCUCUCUCCUCCCUUCCACUCAACUUUAUCUGUAUCUACUAGACUCAUCCAACUAAUUCCUACUAGUUUCCUUUUUUCUCUAUUGUGAUUGUAUCUGUAAUACUCCUCCAAGAUCCCCUCCCUCGACUCCUAGAAAUCCUUCCCGGUCGCGCAACACUUACUUCCUCUCUGUCGUCAUCAUACAAUCCCUCCCCCGCAACGAUGGAUUUCCACCUAGUCCCUCGUGGCGAAGACCGAAAUUAUACAGGCUUUUUAACCAAAACCAUUGUUUACAUAUCGACUUUGAUCCUCUUUCUCGCCUCAUUCGGCUUAACGGUCGCAUCAAUCGUCGUCCCAAAAUGGAUCGUCUAUCAUAGCGAUAACAACAGGAUCUGGUACACAUACGGUCUCCACCGGCGAUGUUCUUCCGUCACCAACUCCUGCCACAGCUUCCCCCUGCAGGACGAUUGCAGCGGAGACGAUCGCUAUUUCUGUUCCAUGUGGCGCUCCGUGGGGUUCCUCAUGUCUUUUGCUGUCGUCCUGGAGGGUAUGAGCAUCGUCGCAUACUUGAUCAUAUUGUCCGGCGGGAAGCGCCUGCGCGAAUCCGGGUGGAAAGUUCUGAGCUUGUUAAUCAUCUUGUCUGUUGCCGUACAGGCAUCCAGCAUGUCCAUUGUCGCUUACCUAUUCGAUCAUGAGGGGCGCUUUUUCACCGGCUGGGCGCUGGACGAGUCGUGGAUUUAUUGCACUGUUAGCUGGUGCGUGGGGUUGCUUUGCGCGGCUGGUCUGAUACUUGCUGGCCGAGUGCUCCCGUCCGAAGGUGGUUAUGAGUUGAUUCCGGAUCACUCUUGAAUAUUGUAUGAAUGAUGGGAAAGACCGGUUUUUGUCCACGGUGGUACUAUUCGAUUCGAUAUACGGUUAUGGUGGUAGGCAUUUUGAUGAUUGUCGAUCUUGCGUGCAGCUUCAUGUCCCCUUUCU